AUGACUAGACCAAUGUACACUUGCUCAUGUGCGCGCUGCCAUAGUAUGAGCAGAGGCAUUUCACGUUUUAUGUUUUACGUUUUACCCGGCCGUCGCCCUAUUAUUUUAACCAGAACGCUUCUUUUGUCUUGCCAUGGCAACGUUUCCUUCCACGUUCUAUAUAGGUGGUUCCAGCAGCAGCAGCACAGCACUGCAGCACAGCAGCAAGACUACACCACACCACACCACACGUCCCAGGGCGGCACAUCGUUCAUAAUGGCUAGAGGCAAUCAGAGAGACUUGGCAAGACAGAAAAAUAUGAAAAAGCAGAAGGACCUGGCUAAGAGCCAGAAAAAAAACGGCGAUCCAAAGAAGAGAAUGGAGUCGGACGCUGAUAUUUUGAGGCAGAAGCAGGCUGCUGCGGACGCCAGAAGAGAGGCAGAGCUGUUGGAGAAGCUGAAGGCUGAGAAGGCAAGAAAAUAG